CUUGUUCCAUAAUCCAAAUAGCGCAAAGUUAUACUGAUUUCUUUCUCGGUAUGGUGGACUUACCUACUGAUAUCUAGAUGGCCGGUAUCUGUAGCAAAAGAAAUGAGAGAACAAGAAAAAAACAUGGCAUGUCCAUCUCAGCAAGGAGAUAUUGCAUGCGGACGAGAUUGCGGCGCUUACUGCUAUCUGACUCAUCCUGAUGAUGCAUAAUAACUGGCGCUAUCAAUACACACCUGCUGCUGUCGUACGCACUUAAGUUAUAAUCACUAUUGCAUGCUCGUGCAUUUGGUGAAUGAUUUAAAAGCCGCCAGGUGUACACGCCCAGAAAACGAGAACAUCAUCUAGCGCAGGUAGUUGAGAAAGAAGUGUGGAAGCCAAUCUCAUUCAAAUGAUCCCAAAACGCGGAUAUAAAAUAUGCCUAUUGCAAAGAGCGAAAGUAUGCAGGUAAGCUGGUUAGAUCCUAAUCUGAACCCUGAGAUUAGAAGAAAUGAAAUAACUGACAAGGCGGCUUGACUCAAGGUUUUAGGUUAAGACAGGCCUUAUCAGAUACCCAGGUUCACGGCUCUUCAGUUUGUACGCCAUGUAUCAUUGCCAGUUCAAUGUCUCGCGGCGACGAAGCACCUCCUGUAUCUUUCUGUCGUUGCUUGGUUGUUUCCGCUUAUGAUGUCUAUGACUGGGCAUGUUUGACGUUCCGCCGAGUAUUGAGCAUGUCUGGAUGCGUGUGAAAGCAGUGUUCAAGGUUUCCUUGUGUUCAUUCCAGUUUGGGAUGGUGGCUGCAUUAUGGAUGAUAUGGAUAUCCGCUUCCACUUUGCUCGCAACGUGCGGUGUGAUCUGGGUGUUGAAGCGGCGAUACCGCCAUGGAUUUUUCAAGCGUCUAGGCAUCCCUGGUCCGGAGCCCGAUCUCCUUUUUGGCAACUGGCAGCAGCUCAGAAAAGACAGAAUCAAUGUCAUGGAGGAUUGGAUUCAAAAAUACGGAAAUAUUUUCGGCUACUUCAAGGGGGCGGUUCCUUUCUUCAUCAUCAGCGACGUAGAGAUGAUUAAGCAGUGCGUUGUGAAGGAAGCGCAGACUUUCUACGACCGUCCGGAGCCCAGCAUCAGCAUACAGCCCUACAUUCAGACUCUUCUCUUCCUGAAAGGUGACGAAUGGAAGAAAGUGAGGACGUUGAUGAACCCCAGCUUCACAUCUGCAAAGAUGAAGCUGAUGACGCGCAUCAUCAACGCCUGCGCGGACGAGAUGCUGGACGUGUUGGGUCGCAAGGCCGAGGAGGAGGCCCCCGUUGAUGUGGGCAAGGUCUCCUGCGGAUUUUCGCUGGACGUCAUCGCCAAGUGCGCUCUCGCCUGGCAGGUACGCGAGGCACUACCUCCGGGAAAAUGCGCUCCGAAGAAAGCGCGCCUCUCUCUCCAUAGAGAACACGCGGGAACUCAAUAA